UCUUCUUUGUCACUCUCAUGAGUAUGCCUGCCUAGGAUCCAUUCUUUCUCGACAGAUGAUAAUUUGCCAUAACUAAGUCUGUGCAUGAAGAAUAGUCAUUUAAAUCAGGGUGACAGAAUGGAGCCACGGCAGAGAAACAGAUCUACUUUGACUGUGACAGUAUCACUUAAGUUCUGCUUGCAUGCCUCAUUCGGCUGGACAGGAACACCAUUCGGCCAAAUGUUUACCCAAACAACGUUCAGCCAAUCUCCACCUUGUGUGCAAAGGUACAGAGAAGGUAAAUAGGAAACAAAAGUGAAGAGGGUGUGAGGGACCGGAACAGUACCCGAUACGUCACUAACUAAAACUGGGAUUCAUUCUAAAGUCAUAUCAGUACAUGAAAAGCACUAGAAAGUGUCACUUUUGUAUCAGCAAAUAUCAACAUCAUACUAUUGUUACUGUGCAAAUGUGCAGCCGGUUAACUGCCUGUGUGGCAGUUGGAACUACAGUACGUUUCAGUUUACAGCAAUAAAAUGGAGCACGGUCUCAUUCCUAGGGUGUCAAAUGUUGCCUUAUGGCAUGUCCCUCUGCGUCUCCUCCAAACACAGAGCAAGCCAGAAGGUUGGAGGUUGGGCUCACACACAUAAUCUUUACAUAUGAGACCGGGGUUUACGUCCUGAGUGAAACAAAACACACGUCACAGAUCUUAUCCUAAACCUGACCAAAUACCAAAUACCCUAGUCCAGGUGGCAGGUUUUAGUUGGACUUUGCUGCAUGUAUACAAUGUAUACGUUUUCCUUUUCAGUGAAUAAAGAGGCUGAAGAUCACAUCUCCAUACAAAUGGCACAAAAGAUGUUUCAUGAAAGCAGGGAAGAUGGCAGAUCAGUCCUGGGAACGUUGGCAGUGCAGGUGGAGAGAGACCCUAGGACAGGUGCCACGGUCAUCAGGUCAGUGGCCCCCGUGUCCACGCCGGCCGGUGGGCCAAUGGCCACCACUAUCUUUGAUGAUGGAAGGAAGAGUAUCCACACUGUCGGUGGGGCGGGAGGUCAGCCCUCGACUGAAGAGCUCGGGCAGAUCUUGAGCGUUAUCGAUGGGGUUGGGAUGAAAGUGCUGCUGGACGAGGUCACAGUCACGUCAAACAACACAGAGACAAAGAAAGAGAAUGAGGUUGCCUCGGAAGAAAAUGUCCUUUCUUUUCCUACACAUCAUGCCAUGUCAGUGGAGGACAACGAACUGUUGGACAGCUCUACAAGCUACAACUUGGAUGCUGAGUUGGGGACAGAGGACUGUGCUUCAAGUAUGGAAAACAAGGUGGAUGAAAAAGAAGACAGGAGCAUCAUGGUGGUUAGAGAGAUUCCAGGAGAAGUAGUUAACAUAGAGGAUCAAAAUUUGGAGGAAUGCCCAGUCACUCUUGUGUUCCUUGGAUACACUGAUUCUACAUAUGACCAAGGUCAUGGCCAAGAGGAAAAUGAAGGCAUGCUCACUGUGGAGAGAGUGAUAAUCACAGAUGAAGGAGAAGAACUUGUCUUAGCACCUGCUUCACCUCAGGUAGAGAUAGAGUCUAAAGGCCAAGUGUUUCAGGACCUUCCCCUGGAAGAAAAUGGGGCAGCAGGAGCUGAACUCCAGGGAGAGGAAGGUGAUAAGGAGCUACAUAAUUCAUCUUUACACAGUACAGCAGAGAGAGAAGGCACUUCCAAGCGCAAGACCUGUCAGUGUUGCUCUGUCAUGUAAGAAAACGGAUGUUGGGAGAGACUCCAUCAUCAGCCUUAACUGUAUCACU